AUUAACUUAAGACAAUAUGACCACAGUCGAAAACUAUAAACUAUACAAAACACUAGGUGAAGGUGCCUUUUCAAAAGUUAAAUUAGUAAAAGAUGAACACGGCAGCAAAUUUGCUAUGAAGAUAAUGAAAAAUCAGCCAAAGGACAAGAAGAAGGAUGCUAAAGCAACCUUCUUAAAUGAGGUUUUUGCGAUGAAGGAACUCGAUCACCCAAACAUUCUCAAGCUAGUUGACUACAAUACUGAUGCUAAGGCCAUCAGAGCCGAUGGCUCUAAACUCAAGCUCCAGUAUAUGGCUAUUGAGUAUGCAGAGGGUGGUGAACUGUUUGACUUUAUAUCAGACACCGGAAGAUUCUCUGAAGAGCAUGCUCGCUACUUUUACCAUCAGCUCAUCGAUGCUCUGGAGCACAUGCAUGAGAAGGGGUACAAACAUAGAGACAUCAAACCAGAAAACAUUCUCUUGGACAAGAAAUUUCAGCUAAAGUUGGGAGACUUCGGCUUCGCAACCAAAGAGGAAAUGAGCCAUACCAGAAAAGGAACCUAUGGGUACAUGGCUCCUGAAGUUCUUGCUAAACAGCCAUACAGAGGAGAAGAGGCUGAUUUAUUUGCAUCAGCUGUGAUCCUUUUCAUCCUAGUCACUGAACACCCUCCCUUCCUCAGGGCAGAGACUAGUGAUAGGUACUAUAAAUUAAUUGCAAGUGGCAGAUGGGAGGAAUUCUGGGACAUCGACUCUGACCUACCACUUUCAAAAAGUUUCAUUGAUUUCUUCACCCGGAUGGUGAGCCUCGAUCCUGUUGAGAGGAUGACCCUCUCUGAGCUCAAAGCUCAUGAGUGGUUUAAUGGUCCCGUCCCCAGUGACAAAGAAAUUUACGAAAGCUUCAAGAAGAGGAGAAAAAUCAUCAAGAAAAAUCAAAAGAAAGAUUCGCAUGACAAGAAGAAGGACCACAUAGAAGAGAAUAAGGCUCAAUACGAUGUGAAGUACACAAAGUUCUAUGUAGUUGACAAUGCAGAGACUCUCGUCGAUUACGUCGUGGCAUGAGCUGAAGCUAAUCGAAUCGAUUAUGAAAAAUCCAAAGAGUUCUUCAGAGUCGAAGUUAAGAUCAACUCAGAUGAUGCCAGUUCUCACAUUAUGAUUAAUGUGCUUAAAAAGCCUGAAAAUGCUGAUAGAUGCUUAGAAUUUAUUAAAAUUUCAGGGAGUAAGACCAUUUUUGAAUCGUUGUUCGCGGAAUUUAAAGAAUUUUGCGAUAAAGAGAUCAAAUAAUCCAGUAAAAGUCAAGAGCUUUACUGACAAACAGAGCGAUAUAAUUCACUCUUUGUAACAUAUUAAUUUAUCCUACCAUUUCAAUUAAUAUUCGAAAGUUU